AUGAUCAUCUUCUGUUCAGCACCAAGGGGUCACCAAGGGGUCACCAAGGGACCACCAAGGGGUCACAAAGGGGUCACCAAGGGACCACCGAGGGGUCACCAAGGGGUCACCAAGGGACCACCAAGGGGUCACCAAGGGACCACCAAGGGGUCACCAAGGGACCACCAAGGGGUCACCAAGGGGUCACCAAGGGACCACCAAGGGGUCACCAAGGGACCACCAAGGGGUCACCAAGGGGUCACCAAGGGACCACCAAGGGGUCACCAAGGGACCACCAAGGGGUCACCAAGGGGUCACCAAGGGACCACCAAGGGGUCACCAAGGGACCACCAAGGGGUCACCAAGGGACGACCAAGGGACCACCAAGGGGUCACCAAGGGACCACCAAGGGGUCACCAAGGAACCACCACGGGGUCACCAAAGGGACCACCAAGGGACCACCAAGGACCACCAAGGGGUCACCAAGGGACCACCAAGGGGUCACCAAGGGACCACCAAGGGACCACCAAGGGGUCACCAAGGGACCACCAAGGGGUCACCAAGGGGUCACCAAGGGACCACCAAGGGGUCACCAAGGGGUCACCAAGGGACGACCAAGGGACCACCAAGGGGUCACCAAGGGACCACCAAGGGGUCACCAAGGGGUCACCAAGGGGUCACCAAGGAACCACCAAGGGACCACCAAGGGGUCACCAAGGGGUCACCAAGGGACGACCAAGGGACCACCAAGGGGUCACCAAGGGGUCACCAAGGGACCACCAAGGGGUCACCAAGGGACCACCAAGGGGUCACCAAGGGGUCACCAAGGGACCACCAAGGGGUCACAAAGGGGUCACCAAGGGACCACCGAGGGGUCACCAAGGGGUCACCAAGGGACCACCAAGGGGUCACCAAGGGACCACCAAGGGGUCACCAAGGGGUCACCAAAGGGACCACCAAGGGACCACCAAGGAACCACCAAGGGGUCACCAAGGGACCACCAAGGGGUCACCAAGGGACCACCAAGGGACCACCAAGGGGUCACCAAGGGACCACCAAGGGGUCACCAAGGGGUCACCAAGGGACCACCAAGGGGUCACCAAGGGACGACCAAGGGACCACCAAGGGGUCACCAAGGGGUCACCAAGGGACCACCAAGGGGUCACCAAGGGACCACCAAGGGGUCACCAAGGGGUCACCAAGGGGUCAGCAAGGGACCACCAAGGGGUCACCAAGGGACCACCAAGGGGUCACCAAGGGACGACCAAGGGACCACCAAGGGGUCACCAAGGGACGACCAAGGGACCACCAAGGGGUCACCAAGGGGUCACCAAUGGACCACCAAAAGGUCACCAAGGGACCACCAAGGGGUCACCAAGUGGUAACCAAGGGAACACCAAGGGACCACCAAGGGGUCACCAAGGGACCACUAAGGGACCACCAAGGGGUCACCAAGGGACCACCAAGGGGUCACCAAGAGACCACCAAGGGGUCACCAAGGGGUCACCAAGGGGACCAACCGUAGAAUAA